AUGCUCUCCCUCACCUUGGUCCUGCUGGUAUCGGCAGCCUGUGAGGCAUCGACUGACCUUUACGUGUCAGAGACACCGUUGCCUCCCGAGCUUGUUCGGAGUGCUGUGUCGCCGGUGCCUACCCCAGCUGGUUCUCCGUAUACUGCCGAAGAGUACGGUCAUCCCGGGAUUGCGUUAGCUCGAUCUGCGGAUGAACCGGCGUCAGCCACCGACAGCGGAGAAUCGUCUCAUCACCACGGAGGAGGCUAUAAGAUAGUACAGUGGGAAUGGAGCUACGUUCAAACUCCCUAUAUUAUCGCCAUAUGGCUCCUGGUUGCGAGCGUGGCAAAAAUAUUGUUUCACUUCUCCCAGCGUUUUACUACGGUGGUUCCAGAGAGUUGUAUGCUCAUUCUACUGGGUUUGGUCCUGGGUGGUAUCGUCCUCAUGGCCAACAAGAAGCAGCUCUACCAACUGGACCCUGGUCUCUUCUUCCUCUUCCUGCUGCCCACCAUCGUGGGCGACGCCGGCUACUUCAUGCCCGCUCGUCUGUUCUUCGACAACCUGGGUGCCAUCCUGAUGUAUGCUGUGGUGGGCACGCUGUGGAAUGCCUUCUGCACUGGCUUCUGUCUCUACGGAGUCAAACUGGCCGGAGUCAUCGAUGACAAAGUGGAGGCUGGUCUGAUGGAGUUUCUGUUGUUCGGAGCGCUCAUCUCUGCCGUCGAUCCAGUGGCCGUGCUUGCCGUGUUUGAGGAGGUCCACGUGAACGAGAUGCUCUUCAUCAUCGUCUUCGGAGAGUCUUUGCUCAAUGACGCUGUCACUGUGGUGCUGUAUAAAGUCUAUAUCUCUUUUGUGGAGGUGGGUCCUGGGAAUGUACAGACGGCAGACUACUUUAAAGGUGUUGCGUCCUUCCUCAUCGUCAGUAUCGGAGGAACCCUGGUGGGUCUGAUCUUUGCUGUGAUCUUAGCUUUUGUCACACGCUUCACGAAGAAAGUUCGGAUCAUCGAACCUCUCUUUGUUUUCCUGCUGGUGUAUCUGGCUUACCUGACGGCCGAGCUCUUCUCUCUCUCUGCCAUCCUUUCGAUGACCUUUUGCGGAAUAGGCUGCAAUAAGUACGUGGAGGCCAACAUAUCCCAGAAGUCUCGCACCACGGUGAAGUACACGAUGAAGACCCUGGCCAGCAUCGCCGAGACCAUCAUCUUCAUCUUCCUGGGGAUCUCCGCCGUGGACAAGUCAAAAUGGGCCUGGGACACUGGCCUCAUCUCCUGCACUCUCAUCUUCAUCUUCGUGUUCAGAGCCAUUGGGGUUGUCGGCCAGACAUGGGUACUGAACUGGUUCAGACUGGUUCCUUUGGACAAGAUUGAUCAGGUUGUGAUGUCAUACGGCGGUCUGAGAGGGGCAGUUGCCUUUGCCCUGGUUGUUCUCCUGGAUGGUGAGCAGGUGAAGGCGAAAGACUAUUUUGUGGCGACGACCAUUGUUGUGGUUUUCUUUACAGUCAUGUUUCAGGGUCUGACUAUAAAGCCACUGGUGAAAUGGCUGAAGGUUCCUCGAAGUACCAACCGCAAACCGACCAUCAACGAGGAGAUCCACGAACGCGCCUUCGAUCACAUUCUGACCGCAGUGGAGGACAUUGCUGGACUGAAUGGAUAUCACCAUUGGAGAGACAAAUGGGAACAGUUUGAUAAGAACUACUUGAGCAAGCUCCUGAUGCGGAAGUCUGUGUAUCGGAAGAGUGAAUUAUGGGAAGCCUAUCAGAAGAUCAACAUUCGGGACGCCAUCAGCGUCAUUGAUCAGGGUGGAAACGUGCUUACCUCUGCAAGACUCUCUCUGCCUUCUAUGGCCAGCAGAACCUCCUUCCCUGAGGUCACCAAUGUCACCAACUACUUGAGGGAGAAUGGGAGUGGGGUGUGUCUAGACCUGCAGGUGAUUGAUACAGUCCCAGGUGCCAAGAUGGAGGAGGAGACAGAGAUGCAUCGUGCGCUCGCAGGAAACCUGUACAAGCCCAGGAAACGGUAUCAGUCCCAUUAUAGCCGGCAUUUUAUGACAGUAGGGGAAAAGGAGAAGCAGGACCGGGAGAUUUUCCAGAGAAACAUGCGGACUCGCCUGGAGAACUUCAAAUCCACCCGUUACAAGCGCCACAAGAAAGACCGCAGCCAGAAAAAGCGCAAAGGUUCAGAUGCAAAAGAGCAAGAAAGCAGUGACAAACCCAGACGAAACGUCAGCUGGCAAGAUAAAGACCCUGUGGUGGUGCCGGUGGAGUUUGAGAAUGAGAAGAACGAGCAGUCGGAGCCAGAAAAGGAUGAAGACGUUGGGAUUACUUUUGUGGCUCGUAAAGCUCCCGAAACGCCAAAGGAGAGGCCUAAAUCAGUUCCAGCUGCGUUGGAUGUGUGUCAAAGCCCCGCCAUUGUUCCUCCUUCGCCCACAUGUGGGGAGAAAAACCUCCCCUGGAAGAGUGGGGUGGGUACCUUACCCCCUUGUGUCUCUGUAGAGGCCACUAAGAUCAUUCCUAUAGACCUGCAACAGGCCUGGAACCAGAGUAUUUCCUCUCUGGAAAGCCUAGCUUCCCCACCUGUCCCUCUGGAGCCCCAGCACCCACGUGUUAGCGCCCUCUCCAGGCUGGGAGGACCACCACGGCCCCUAUCAACAGGUAGUGUUCCAGCUCCCCCAGUCACAGGUCAGUUCCAGUUUCCCGGGGGAAAAGAUGAGGAAGAGGAGAGUGCCCUCUCUCAGCAGCAGCAGGAAAUACAGCCUCUGAUGUCAUCAACUAGGCCACCGCCCCCUCCCCCUCCUCUACCUGCACAGCCUGCUGGGAAGCGGAGGAAUCCGUGUGUGUACCUGCGGAGCCUCGUAACAGCAUCUCCUCCUGGCAGUGAACCACAUAGCAGAGGGCCAACUCAGCUGUAG